GAUUGAAAUGCAAUAGAUUGAUACUAGGGUCAUAAUUAUGGGUGACAAUUUCAUAUGAUACCGCUAGAAAAAACUGCCGUUCAAACCGAAAAGAUCCAAUUGUUCUCUUAUAAUGAAUGAUUUAACUAAACGAAAAAAUCGUCACACAGGAGGGAAGCCAUACCAUUGUGAUAUUUGUGGUAAAUCAUUCUCUCAAAGUUGUCACUUGACUGAACACAAACGUGGUCAUACAGGAGAGAAGCCAUACCAUUGUGAUAUCUGUGGUAGAUCAUUCUCUACAAUAAGUCAAUUGACUCGUCACAAACGUAUUCAUACUGGAGAAAAGCCAUAUCAUUGUGAUAUCUGUGGUAAAUCAUUCUCUCAUAGUAGUCACUUAACUAAACACCUAUGUAUUCAUACAAGAGAGAAGCCAUAUCACUGUGAUAUCUGUGGUAAAUCAUUUUCUGAAAAUAGCCCUUUAACCAGACACCUACGUAUUCAUACAGGAGAGAAGCCAUAUCGUUGUAAUAUCUGUGGUGAAUCAUUCACUUUUGAUACUCAGUUGACUAUUCACAAAUGUGUUCAUACAGGAGAAAAACCAUAUCAUUGUGACAUCUGUGGUAAAUCUUUCUCUCGAAGUGGGGACUUCACCAAACACAAAUAUACACAUACAGGAGAGAAGCCAUAUCGUUGCGAAAUCUGUGGUAAAUCAUUCUCUCGUAAUAGUAACUUGAUUAGUCACAAUCGUAUUCAUACUGGGGAAAAACUAUAUCAUUGUGAUGUCUGUGGUAAAUGUUUCUCUCAAAAACGCCACUUAAGUACACAUGUGAGUAUUCAUACACGGGUGUAACUAUAUCAGUAUUAAAAUUUAUUACAACAGGACAACAAUUAUGAAUAUUUUGUCUGUUAAAAGACUGGAUUUAUUCCUAUUCAAGCUUGUCCAUAUCAACUUUAAUUUCAUCAUCAUAUAAUCAUCAUCGUUUAACGUCCGUUUUCCGUGCUAGCACGGGUUGGACGGUUCGACCGGGGUCUGGGAAGCCAGGAGGCUGCACCAGGCUCCAGUGUGAUCU